AUGGAUAUUGCAUAUGACCACAUAACCGAAGAGACCUUCGCAUCAGAUCGAGCUCCAACUCCAACCUCACAGAAAGCCGGUGCUCCCUCCUCGAAACCGAAUCUAAAUACUGAACUUCAAGAAACAUUUCGAGCAUUCUCGAAUUCGCCCUGGGGUGCCAAGCUCGGUGGGCUUUGGGGCAAUGUCCGCAAGCAAGGCGAGCAAUACUAUGAAGGUGCAAGGCGAGAAGUAGAGGGCGCAAGUGGAGAGGCUCUAAAGGGCUUCUCAGAUCUGAAAGAGACAAUUGUGAAGCGAACAAGGAGUUUAUCGUUGGACGAAGACAGGGCAGAGGGCUCGCAAUCGAGGAGUGGGGAAGAGGACAGCACCCCUACGGCUACCGAUACCGAAGAGAGCGAACCGCAUAAGAAAAGGACCGAGAGUGAGGUUAUCAGAGAGAAUGAGAGCCUCAUAUCCAGAUUCCGGAGCGAAGCGGCAAAGCGGUUGAAAGAUAUCGAAAAAGCAGAAGAUGCUGCAGAUGAAGCCUUGCUUCGGUUUGGCACCAACAUCCGCAACUUCCUGCGUGAUGCUGUUGCGAUCGCUCCACCGUCCGAAGAGAUUGGCGAGGCAAGGAAUAGUAGUAGUGUGUUGUUCGAGAGCAAAGACUCCAGUGGGAAAAGAGUGAUUCAUACGACAAGAUUUGACGCACAGCUCCACGUCAUCCAUUCGACACUUGACAGCUUCGCCAAAGAUCCCAUCAGUGGCGAGUGGCCGAAGUUCAAGGAUGAAUUCAAGAUAGACGAGAAGACUGAGGAUAUCAGCAGUGAUUUGAGCAAGUACCCCGAGCUGCGAAGAGCUAUGGAGCAGCUUGUUCCAGAAAAGGUUGACUACAAAGACUUCUGGUGUAGAUACUACUUCUUGAGGCUUGUCAUCCAGACGGAGGAGCAGAAGAGAAAGGAUUUACUCAAGGGAGCAUCAUCACAAAACGAAGAAGACGAAGAAGUGACAUGGGAUGCUGACUCGGAUGACGAAAAGGAUGAUGGCCCUUCGCGUCCUUCAACCUCUCACAAAAUAAUACUUUCCUCAAAUGAUGAUACAGGUUCUAGCACUGCUGCCACCCCGACGAAGCCUGCGAUUGAAGGCCGUAACUCCCACGAUCAGCACUCUCAACCAGACAGCGAUGCCAGCUACGAUCUUGUCAGCGGAGCAACGAGUAGGACGCCAGGGAGUCCGAAGGAGGAGGUCAAGGACAAAGUCAAAGCUGUGAAAAGGGAUGAGGAGAGCGAUGAAGAGGAUUGGGAGUGA